UAAAUAUCAAAGAAUACUGAAUUCUUUGAUAGUAUUGUACCGUCAUCGCGUUAAAUAUCUACUGUCGCCCACUGGUGGUUCCGGUACUAACUAAAAUGAUUUUGGUUACGCAAAAGUGUACUUGUCAGCGUCUAUGUACUUCUUUAUUCUUCGGUGCUGCUUAUCACGUCAGGUUGCUGAAAUAAGAGAUCAGAAUUUGAGGCUACUGGUGUGUUUUAUUGGUAUGUGAUACAAAUUGCGUGUGCGUGUGAGAAUGAAUUAGAAAUCUAGUUAAACGUAAACGAAUGAAUGAAAUAAUAAAAACGAAGGCGCAUAAGAGAUAAAUGAGAGAACAAACGAAUGUGGAACAAUUUCAUCAUAAAAUACAAAAAUAUAUAGAAGCUCACAAGUCCAUUUUUUGCGUACCUACAAAUACUCUGACCACCAGUUGGCGAGAGUAGGUACUUAAUGCGAUGACGCUACAAUACUAUAGCAUCUAACUGGAUGGUCCGAUCGUAAUUUUAGUAACAUGCCGUCAAAUAAUAAGUGUUAUUAUUCUGGAUGUAAUAAUACGAAAAAAUCACGACCUGAUUUGGUAUUUCACCGGUUUCCCACAGAUAAAGAAAAAUUGUCAAUGUGGAUUCAAUCUUCUGGCCAUCAAGUUGUUGGUGAAGUCGACGAACAACUACAAUGGAAUCAUCGUUUGAUCUGUUCUAACCACUUCAAUCCAGAAGAUUACAAGGCAGGAUCCAGACCAACUUUAAGUAAAAAUGCAGUACCCAAAUGUUUCAACGCGUCAGUCGUUAAUAAUAUUAUAAAUAACAAUACUAAUAAUUAUAAUAAUAACACUGAUGAUGUAAAUAAUACUAUUAGUUCACGAUUGAAUUUUGAUGUUCAUUGUGACAGUAAUGAAUGUCAAAAUUCAUCGAACGAGUUCCACGAACAUAAACAACAAAGUAACAGUAGUGUUAAUACAGAAUUAAUUAUAAUGAAAUAUCUUAAUAAUUCUCGUUUAAUGGUUAAUAAGCUCCGAAAAAAAAAUAAUGUUCUGCGACAGAGAAUCUUUCGUUUACGUAGAUCUACCCAAAAAUGGAAUUAUUCACGUCUAAUUGCACUAGCAAAAACCGUAAUUAAAGAUGAAAAAACAUCAUUUCUAGUAGAAAUGCAAAUUAGCCAUUUAAAAAAAAAAAGCUGGUCGGAGGAGGAGAAAAAUUUUGCGCUUUCCAUCUACCAACGGAGUUCACAAUGUUAUAAAUUUUUGCGAAAUGAGUAUAAUAUGGCUUUACCAUGUGUUACUCUCAUUCGCAAAUGGAUAAACGAAAUGCAAGAAUUCUAGCGUUAAAAUAAGUAUGUUUGAUAUAUUAAAAUGUUUCUAGUUUUUGUUUAAAUGUAAUAUAUAAGGCAAUUUAAUUUUUUAAUUACAAAAAAAUGUAUUAUAUUUAUAUGUACAGGAAGAACUUAAAAUAAAUAACCAAAUUGUAACAAUAAAUAAACAAAA